AAAACACAAAUAAAGAUGUAAGGAAUAGAUGACACCUUAUUAUACAUACAUGAUGAUGUAAACCUAAAUUUUCGUUUGUUUACACUUACACGAUUCUCACACCUCCCACCACUACUACUACUACUAGGUUUAUUUAUAACGUUAACUUCACUUCCCUUGCUUUGCUUCACAAUCGGCCGCACACUCGCCUCUUUACCGCAUUUCUCUCUUCUGGUAAACUAAAAGGGUGCCAAAGUUUGCAUUAAUUAGGGAGAAGGUUUAGAGUGACAUGGCUAAUCCCAUUGUUAAGGUGGAGUACUUAGUUGAGGAACAAAUUGGCACCACAAGCGCAAAACUUUUUGAGGACACAGAGGUUGAUAUUGUGAGCUGGACAAACAAGGGCGAUGUUGGAUCUACAAAAAUUGAGGACCUUGAUGCAACUGAGUAUUCAAGUUCCUUUGCUGAUACCAACUCUGAUGCUGAAAAUAGUUCAAGAUCGAGUGAUGCUGAAGUGGAGUCAGAGUUCGUUGGUGAGAAUAGUGUGGCAUGCCCCUUUGAUACUUUUGGUCCUGACUUCCGAACGAGGAAAAGGAAGUUGACAGAUCAUUGGAGGAACUUCAUACGGCCUCUAAUGUGGCGUCUCAAAUGGACGGAGCUAAGACUCAAGCAACUCGAGUCACAAGAAUUAAAGUAUAGUAGAGAACUUGAAGAGUAUGAUAGGGGAAAGCAUACAGCAGGCGAUCAUUUUAACUUAGGAGAGUCUGGUUCAAAGUCAAUGCCAUUUUCAAGUCACCAGUAUAGAAGUAAGGCCAAAACGAGAAGAAAAAGAAAGAAAAUUGAGGACACAACUGAUGUAGCAUCGUAUACAGCGCGUCACUAUCUGUUCUCCUAUAUUGAAAAUAAGAAGUCCGAUGCGGAUGUCUCUUUGGAUGAUGAUUUUGACAAUCCAGUGAUCACAGAGCCACAUGCCAAUUCAACAGAAAAAAGUGUAGAUCAACCUUUGCUUAAAUGCACCGCCGCCGAUGUUUCCUAUGAGCUGCUCCUUUGGAACAUUGACAAUCUACAUUGUAGGGUCCGCACACUGAAGAAUGGCAUCAAUGAAAUCACGUCCAGAAAUCCUUCGAAUUUUAGCCUUAUUCCUAGCUAUGGUCUAAGCCCUGCAAACUCUGAGGGCGAUGGGUACACAGCCUCUAUUGGAGGUAUAUGUAAUUCAUCUCAGCAUGUAGCUGAUGAGUUUGAAUUUGGAGACUUUGUCUUUCCUGACAGCGCAGUUUCAAGUUUUGGAGAAGCUACUGAUAUUCCAGAUAUAAUUGAGAGCACUGUUGGCUUGUUGGCUGCUGCUGAUGUCACCUCUCAAUCGGCCUUGGUUCCCGACUCUGGUGAACAUAUGGUAGACAAUGUUCUGAUGCAUGAGCUUCAGGAGGUAAAAAAGGAAGUGGAAGCUCACUAUCCCAUUGAGAAGCUGCAGGAAGUGAAAAGGGAAGCAGAAGAAGGUUCACAUUCCUUCUUUAUUCCCAUGUUAGAUACUAAUAUAGCACCAACAACUUCUGCAUCUCAAGAGCAAUCUGCUCUCAACGCAUGCGUGAAUAAAGAUAUAAGCUUCCCAAAAAAUAAGCGAAAGCGCGGGGAGCGCAAAGCUGGUUCUGGUGCUUGGAACAAGAAGUCUUCUGGCGAACCUGAUAACCAGUAAGACUUCACAAUUUGUUGCAAUAACCAGUGAAUAACCAGUAAGACUGUAUCAUUUGUAGCACCGUUUUCUUCUUCUGUUGACAUUUAUUUAAUUAAACAUUUUUAACUCACC